AUGAAUAUCGAUCAAAAUACUGAAUUUGAUGAAUAUUUAGCACUUUACUAUAAAAUUUUAAAUUCGAAAAUUAAUUAUAAUAAAAUUCCUAAAUCAUAUGAUUGGGUUCAAAAUUGUUUAUUUAAUUAUAGAGAUAAAGAGUUUAGAAAAACAUUAAGAAUAGAUAAACCAACCUUUUGGAUGUUAGUUGAUAAAAUUAAAUUUCAUCCAGUUUUUUAUUCAAAUUCUAAUAACAAUCAAACAAAUAUUACUAUACAACUUGCAGUUGUAUUAUAUCGACUUGGAUCAAAUGCUUCUCUUUAG